GACCAAACCCGCGUCUCUCCUAGUCCUUUCCCAACCGAAUCCUCAAACCACCGCGUCGCCCUCCCUCCCCUAAAAAAUCCCCAAUCCUCCUCUCGCCCCCCUCCCCAAUCCCGACCCCCGACGAAACCCUAGCUAACAACCGGCGGCGGCGGCGAUGGGCAACCCGGAGAAGCUGAUGGCGCAGAUCUUCGACCUCAAGUUCACCUCCAAGUCGCUGCAGCGGCAGGCGCGCAAGUGCGAGAAGGAGGAGAAGGACCAGAAGCUCAAGGUCAAGAAGGCCAUCGAGAAGGGCAACGUCGACGGCGCGCGGAUCUACGCCGAGAACGCCAUCCGCAAGCGCACCGAGCACAUGAACUACCUCCGCCUCGCCUCCCGCCUCGACGCCGUCGUCUCCCGCCUCGACACGCAGGCCAAGAUGCAGGCCAUCGGAAAGUCCAUGGGCAACAUCGUCAAGUCGCUCGACUCCUCCCUCGCCACCGGCAACCUCCAGAAGAUGUCCGAGACCAUGGACAACUUCGAGCGCCAGUUCGUCAACAUGGAGGUCCAGGCCGAGUUCAUGGAGGGCGCCAUGGCAGGUUCCACCUCCCUCUCCACGCCCGAGACCGAGGUCAACUCCCUCAUGCAGCAGGUCGCCGACGACUACGGCCUCGAGGUCUCCGUCGGCCUACCCCAGGCCGCCGCACACGCCAUCCCCGCCGCCAAGGACAAGGAGAAGGUCGACGAGGACGACCUCACCCGCCGCCUCGCUGAGCUCAAGGCCCGCGGCUGAACAAACGCUUACGCUUCAGAUCAGGUACGGCUUAUGCAAUGUUCACUCGCUUCUCCAUCAGUUGUCAAGGGCUGCUCAUAUCUGACAGCCUCGUAAAUAUUGUUAACGCCCAUGUGGGUGCUCUCUUGUCUGGGAUCUCUAUGCCGAACUGAUUUAAACACUGCUGUGUGUGAUAUGAAGAGUUAUUCCGAAACGGAGUGUGAUAUUGAUAUUAUGAGUCAGUAAUAAUAUGUGCUUGAGAACA